AUGGCUAAGGAUAAUCCAGGUAACCAAGUGGUUGAUGAGCAAAGGCCAGGUGCUGACAUGGACAAUACUCAUAUGCGCUCAGUGCCCAAGAGGUUGUUCUCUCGGAUGAUCUUGAUGUAUGACAUUCACCAACGUCCAGAUAAAGUUUUGGAGAUAUACGCUGACAUGGAGGAAUUAGGGGUGCGUCCAGAUGAGGAUACAGCGAGACGGAUUGGAAAAGCAUUCAUGGCUUUUGGCCAAGAAGAAAAAGAAAAACACGUCCUCGAGAAAUACUUGAAAAAGUGGAAGUACAUCCAUUUCAACGGUGAGCGUGUUCGGGUGCGGAGGGACGGACCAUUGGCAUAG